CAGAUUUUUAAAAAUUGUUUUUUCUCUCCUUCCCUAAUCUGAAAUUGAAUUUUCUUUCCUCUGCAUCAUCAAAAAUAUCACCGAGAAAAUUCAAAAACCAAUCUUUGCAUCUCCACUCUUCGUGUAUUCACACUCUUGCAGACAACGGUUAUCUAUUGUAAUCCACUCGGAUCAGGACAUAAGUUCUGUUAGGUUCUGCUUAAAGUUUGAGAAAUGGAUACGAAUCUGGUGGAAAUGUUUAGGGCAGGUUUGAAUUGGGUUACAAUGGCUCUGGAUGCUCCUUCAGCUAGAGUUGUCUUGUUUGGUGUCCGAAUCCAAUGGCACAUCUUUGUGGAAGUUUUGUUGGGUUUUGUAAUUGUCAUCCUCCUCUCUCAAAAGAGUUACAAACCUCCCAAGAGACCAUUAACUGAGCAGGAAAUAGAUGAGCUAUGUGAUGAAUGGGUUCCUGAACCUCUUAUACCCCCAAUUACAGAAGACAUGAGGCAUGAGCCACCAGUUCUUGAAAGUGCUGCUGGACCGCAUACAACGGUUAAUGGAAAAGAAGUGGUGAAUUUUGCGUCAGCUAAUUAUCUUGGACUCAUUGGACACGAGAAGUUACUGGAAUCAUGCACUUCUGCGUUGGAGAAAUAUGGCGUUGGUUCUUGUGGUCCUCGUGGAUUCUAUGGUACUAUUGAUGUCCAUCUUGAUUGCGAAACAAGAAUCUCAAAGUUUUUGAGUACUCCUGAUACAAUCCUCUACUCAUAUGGACUCUCCACGAUGUUCAGCACCAUUCCUUGUUUCUGUAAAAAAGGAGAUAUCAUUGUUGCCGACGAAGGUGUUCACUGGGGAAUACAAAAUGGACUUCAGCUUUCAAGAAGCACCAUCGUCUACUUCAAGCACAAUGACAUGGACUCUCUCCGUAGCACUCUUGAGAAGAUCAUGACAAAGAACAAACGCUCAAAGAACUUGAGGCGUUACAUUGUAGCUGAAGCUGUAUAUCAGAACUCUGGUCAAAUAGCUCCUCUUGAUGAGAUAGUGAAACUAAAAGAAAAGUAUAGGUUCCGUGUUAUAUUAGAUGAAAGCAACUCCUUUGGUGUGCUUGGCCGUUCUGGAAGAGGUCUUGCAGAGCAUCAUGGUGUCCCUAUUGAGAAGAUAGAUGUUGUGACUGCUGCAAUGGGCCAUGCCUUAGCUACAGAGGGUGGAUUCUGUACUGGGAAUGCUCGUAUUAUCGAUUACCAGAGACUUAGCAGUUCAGGAUAUGUGUUCUCUGCUUCUUUGCCACCGUACCUUGCAAGUGCUGCUAUCACAGCUAUUGAUGUGAUUGAUGAAAACCCUGAGUUGUUAGUUAAGAUGAAGCAGAACAUUGCUCUGUUGUGGAAAGGGUUGAAAGAUAUCAAGGGGAUGUCGCUAGCGAGCGACCCGGAGUCACCUAUUGUCUUCUUGAAGUUGGAGAAAUUGAAUGGUUCAGCUAAAGAUGACUUGCUUCUACUGGAGAAAAUGGCUGAUCGUGUAAGUAACAUAACUGAAUCUUAGAACCUUUGUUCUGGUUUUGUUGAUAUGACUGUGGAUGUAUGCAGGCUUUGAAGGAAGACUCGUUGUUGAUUGUGAGCUCUAAGAAGUCGUUUCUUGAUAAGUGCCGGUUACCUGUGGGGAUCAAACUCUUGGUCUCAGCUGGACAUUCAGAGUCUGAUCUUGUUAAAGCAUCUGAGUCUCUGAAGAGACUAGCUUCAGAGCUUCUACUCUAAGUCCUGAAACACCAACUCAUCCAGAGAUGUUUGAACACCAGAGGAACUCUUUCAGACACUUGCAUUUGAGAGUAUAGAUAAGAUAAAUUCAGAGACUCAAAAGCUUGUAGAUGUUCAUAAGCCAAUUCCUUAACCAGUUGGCUCAGUUGAAGAAGAAGAGUUCUUGAAGAUAAUGGCUUCUUGUUCUUUACAUUUUUUAUGAAAAUUUUUUCAAAUGUUUUAGUUUGAUCAUUUGAGUUUUUUUUUUUUAAAGAUAUGUCUUAAUCAAUGGUAUUGCAUGCAGUUGAACUGUCUGGUUUAGUUUUCUACUAGAGUCAAAAAAGGUUGAAAGUUUCACCUUGAGAUUGCUUUUACCUGCAGAUUCAUGUGUUAUGGAUAGACAAAAAAACAAAACAAAAGCUUAUUUUAUUUGGUUUGGUUACAAGAACAUGAGUGUGUUCAUAAGUCAAACAAAGAUUG